AUGUCUAUUGAAUCUACAUUCGAUUCACAAAUUCAUACUUAUCAACAAUUAUAUUUUCAACAUCAUAAUAAUCGACGUGAAGAUCAAAAAAUACUUCUGGAACCAUUAGAACAAUUAAAUUAUGAAAUAAAAACUUGCUUAGCAGAUGACAAACGUGCGUAUGAUACUUCAAAAAAUAUAUUUUAUCGGAAAUUCAAUAUGUUUAAACGUCUAUUUACUCAUUCUGCUUCACGAUAUAAACAAGAUUCUAUUCAACCACUUAAACAAAUCUAUCAACAACGAAAAAAUCUAGCUAUAAAAGUUUCUGAACUCUAUCACGAAACAACUUUAGAAACAAAUCCACUUGAAAUUCGUACACAUUGGAAUGGUUCUAUCGCUGUUGUCUAUAAUCCAGUUACUGGUCGUGCAGAAUGGAAACAAUAUUGGCACGGAGGAAUACACGGAGUAUUUAAUCCUGUUACGCGUACUAUUGAAUGGCAAGAUGAACUAGAAAGUGGUAUUUUUGGCAUUUUUAAUCCAAAACUGAACAUAGUUGAAUGGAAAAAAUAUCAUAAAGGGAGCUGCCACGGUGUCUACAACCCCUCAAUCGAUGAUAUUGAAUGGCAAAUAUCAUUUCAUUCUGGAAUUGGAGGCGUCUAUAAUCCUUUAACAGAACAAGUUGAAUGGAAAACAUCAUUUAAUGGUGGCGUAGUUGGAUAUUUUGAUUAUGAAACACAAACAGUUAAAUGGAUAGAAAAAUGGCAUCAUGGUAUUGCUCUAAUUAUAUGGGAUUCAACUAUGAAUACCUAUUUAACAACUGCUAGUUGUGGAUGGUAUAAUAGUUAA